CAGAGGGGCGUGGCUCGAGGGGCGCCGUCGGUUGGCCGGCGGCGGGCGGGGGCGGGCCAUGGCCCUGCUGCUGUGCCUGGGCCUGACAGCUGCGCUGGCCCGAGGCUGCUUGCACUGCCACGGCAACUUCUCAGAGAAGUUCUCCUUCUACCGCCAUCACGUGAACCUCAAGUCCUGGUGGGUGGGCGACAUCCCUGUGUCGGGUUCGCUGCUCACCGACUGGAGCCAGGACACGAUGAAGGAGCUGCAUCUGGCCAUCCCCGCGGAAAUCACCCGGGAGAAACUGAACCAAGUGGCAAACGCCGUGUACAAGAGAAUGGAUCAGCUGUACCAGGGAAAGAUGUAUUUCCCGGGGUAUUUCCCCAACGAGCUGCGAGCUAUCUUCCGGGAGCAGGUGCACCUCAUCCAGAAUGCCAUCAUCGAAAGCCGCAUCGACUGUCAGCGUCACUGUGGCAUCUUCCAGUACGAGACCAUCUCUUGCACCAACUGCACAGACUCACAUGUUGUCUGCUUUGGCUACAACUGCGAGUCGUCGGUGCAGUGGGAGACAGCAGUGCAGGGCCUCCUCCAGUACAUAAAUAAGUGGCACAAACAGAGCACCAGCACGAGAACCACUCCAGCCUUCCUGAUAUCACCAAGCUUCACCUGUCUGGAGCCCCCACAUCUGGCCAACCUGACUCUGGAAAACGCUUCCGAGUGCCUGAUGCAGCACUGAGGGGAGCCGGCUGGUCAGACCUGUCUGAGACCAUGGUGUGGGGCCAGGACUCUGUUGGACCGUUUGGGCCUGACUGAUGGAGCAGGCCUGCUGCUGCCUGGGUGCCCCACCCUCCUUGGAGCCCAGGCCGGGCUGGGGCGGGAGGAGGGUAAGGGAGAUAACUUGGGUUUGUACAGAGUAUAGCGUUGACGUGGGGAAUCACAGCAAUCUGAUGGAAUGAUUAAAUAUCCCUGACAUUUCU